AUGCCUCCACCCACUUCUCUUCGCCCUCCGGCUCCUCCGCCUCGCAAGAAGGCUGCAACGAGUGGUGGCACCUCCCGCCAACCCCCCUCCACGCCGGCCGGCGUCUGCUCCGCUUCCCAACCAGCUUGCCUUCUUACAGCCCUGCCGGCCUCUUCCGGCGCGGUAGCUCUGCCUCCUCCGCCUCCGCUGACAGCUACUUCGCCCCCUCCUUCAGCUUCGUCCAGCACCACUCCAGCAUGGCCUUCGAUGACCCCGCCACCUCUUCCGGGCCCUUCUGCUGUUGCUCUUGGCGGAGCUUCCUCAUCCUCUGCCCUUUCCAGCAGCUCUAUUAGCAGCACGGUUCCUGACCCUGAGAAUAGGGGUUCUUUUAGAGCCGUCGCAACUUCAACUGCUCCUGUUACUGCUCCCCAGCCUGUCCUGGCUUUACAGUUUCAGCCUCCUCAGAAUGAUCUUGCUUCCGUGGCUAUCCAGGAGUAG